CAAAGUGAUCAGAAACCGGAAGAUUUUCAGUUAAGGGAUAUAAUGCAGGGCAUUGCAAGUAUUCAGACUACUUUGGCGAAUUUUAUGUUACGGCUCGAUGGACAAGGUCGACACUUAGAUGAAAUUACGAAAGAAAUCAGAGCAAAAAAUGGCAUUCAAGAAAGACUUGAAACUGUUCAAGAGCAGGCUAAUGACACAAUAUACCUUGUGACAGAACUACAGGAUAACCAGAAAAAAAUGGAACGUGAAAUGAACAGACUCAAGGAUUAUGUAGUUCGUCUUGAAUACCGUGUAAAUUCACAAAGUAACCAAAUAGUUGAUCUCAAGGCAAGGUCAAUGGAGAAUAACAUCAUUGUUAGUGGUCUGCAGGAAAAAGGCCCCGAGAGGAAGACACCAGAGAACCUUGCGCAAAUUCUAAGAAAUGUAUUCAUAUCAGAGAUGAACAUGGGGGAGACAGCAGUUGAUGAAUUACAAAUACAGAAACUCUUCCGAAUGGGAGAAUACGAUGCUCAACGAAAAUUUCCGAGACCAGUUUGUGUGCAAUUUGCCGAUAAAGCACAAAAAGACCUUGUUAUGAAACACAUAAAAGUUCUAAAAGAAAAAAAAUCGGACAUAAGAAUUGCCCAACAACAACCAGAGGAGAUACGGGAACGACGAAAACAGCUGUAUGAAGUUCAAAGAAAAUAUGCAGAACGAAAUAUCGAGACGAAAAUGAAGGGGGACAGGCUUAUCUUUACCCAGAGUAAUUCAAUCUACAGAGAGAAAGUAGGAUCUCUUCCAACGGCAGAUGAGGUGAUUUCCAGCGACGUAGUCAAGAUUACCGUUAACCCUGGAAAGUCAAUUGAGGACAACGGAAACCGGUUUAUGGCGCAUUCCACCCAAGUCGAUUCCUAUAAACAGAUUAAACGAUCAUUAGUGGAAAUCAUGCGUAUCGAAACCGUACCCAGCGCAAGCCAUAACGUUUAUGCUUAUCGCUUCACAAGCAGUGAUGGGAUAAUCCAUGAAGGAUCAAAUGAUGACGGGGAACAUGGUGCGGGAAGGUUACUUUUAAAAAUGCUAGCCGAAAACGAAGUUAACAACGUACUGGUGGUUGUCUCUCGAUGGCAUGGAAACAAUAUUGGACCUCGUCGAUUUUCCCAUAUCAAAGAAGCAGGUCUUAGUGCCGUAAAAAAUUUACCAACUUCAGUUUAA